AUGUUUAACUUACAAACAGGACCGAAAGAAGUAUUUCCAUACAACUACUACAGCAGUGUUUUGUUAGCAAAUGACAACAGAACUGGUGUUAUUUCUGAAGCAUGUAAGUUUAUCCGGGAUGCAGAUACAUUCAUGAAAAACAUAGAUUCCAUCAAAGGUUGCAGAAUAGAUGCGAACCACUUCGACUUAGAAAAAUAUAGCACAUUCUAUUGCAAACAAGAUGUAAGAAUUUUAAGAGAAGGUUUUGUUAAGUUCCGCAAUGACAUAUUGAAAGAGUUUGAUUUAAACGUAUAUGACUACGUUAGUAUUUGUUCUAUUGCUAACAAAUUAUUUGAGAACAGAGUGUACUUCCAGAAUGGAAAUUUAUAUGACCUCUCAAAUAAACCAAGAGAAUUUAUUUCACGCUGUAUUCAAGGUGGAAGAUGUAUGCUGUCAGAUAACAUGAAACAAAAGAGCGAAAAGAAACUCAUUGCUGACUUCGACGCUGUUUCAUUAUAUCCAUCCGCUAUAGCAAGACUUUAUACUUUAGAAGGUAUUCCAAAGGUUAUGAAGAAAGAAAUGUUAAGCACAGAGUAUCUCAUGAGACAUUUAUUCGAUGACGACCAAAAGGAACCCAUUGGUGAAAAGUUUAUAUCUGGCUUCUUUGUUCUCAUUAAGAUAACAGAGAUUGGAAUACAUAGACACUUUCCUUUAAUAGUUUGUGACCCUGAACUAAAUCCAGAACUUAACGUUCCCAGAAGUUCAAACACUUGCUGUUUAAUGUAUGUUGACCAUAUAACAUUACAAGACCUCAUAAAAUAUCAAGGUGUCAAAUGUGAAGUGUUGCAAGGAUACUAUUACGAUGGAAACAGAGAUAUUAGAAUAAGAGAUGAAGUAAAGAA